CACAAGUGGCCGUUCCAACUGCGCAUGGCCAACGGGCUGCUUAGAAGGUGAUCACUCACUAUAUUCCAGAAGCAGCGCCGAUAACUUGCACGUUUUACCUGCAGCGCCCGUGGGUGCACAUGAGAAGCAUCAACACUGGUUCAGUUUUGGCAGCAGCUCACCGUUACCCAUUCGAGUUUACCCGCCGUAUCCUUCAUCCAAUACGAGACCGCGAUAUUGGCACGACUGCGAUCAACUGCCUGUCCUCCAGUCCUCGUGAUUCAAAUCGUCAGAUUUAAAGAGAUGCAUAUACAAGAAUGAUGACGAACUGUGUCUGAGAUCAGCCUCUGGCGGCGGAAGAGGAGGACCUGUGGUGAUUCAGCUACCACGCUGUCUGCUCGCCUCCGUCAUCCGCUCCUAUUGCCAUGGCAGAGGCAGCUGAGAUGAAGCAAAACCCCAUGGGUGUAGGGGCAGCAACUGAUCGAGAAAAACUGCAAGUAAAGAGUGCGCAGCUGCAACCAGCAUUUCAGCCCGCCUUCAAAGUCAACGGGGAACCGGGUCCUGCAAUCCUGUCUAAUAGCCGCUCAAGCAACACACCGGGCGCUGGUCCGACUCCUUCGGGCUCGACUCCACGAGACGCUUCGCCUGACAAGCUCACCCCCUUUUCCACAGCAUCCAGGACGUCAAGUGCCCUGAAAAAGACGUACGGUUCCGGAUCAAACCUCGCCCGGAGUGUGACGAACGAACAGUCGGUUGGCGGAAGAGAACCCGCUGAUUCGGACAAUGCGUUGCAGAGCAAUGGGACUCCCACAGCGGGCAGAAAGAGUGUGCAGUUUUCUCGAGACACCCAAGAGAUCAGCCCGCAUAGCAAUGGCCACACCACGCCUCCAGUUGGCCGAGCCGAUGGUUCAGAGCAGGAUAAACACCACUCCCUGUAUGCCAGGUUGAGGGCACUGGCUAUACCUCAAGGAUAUUCGUUCAGUCAUACUCGGUCUCCCAGCGGUCUGUCGGCCAGUGGGCGUUCUGUGGACGGCAAGGAUGUCGACAACCAACUUUCUACUCCAUCGGGCCGCAACGAGGCUGGGCUCGCUGCUACCUUGGAGGAAGAUAGCGGUGCUGAUGCCGAUGCCGAUGCGGAGGAGAGUAGCGCUGCAGAGAACAGCGUGUCGCAGUGGGCAACUCGAAAACGGCGGCGGAAAAUACAACGUUUUGACGACAUUGAAACCGCACCGUCAUCUCCCCACAGCUUGAUGCGUCCAGGCUUUGCAAGUGCUCCUAUCAACUCUGAUACGGACAUAGAAAGACCUCGUGCACUCAUCAGAAGAGCCACGGAUACCGAUAUGAUUAACAGCCCUCAGGGUGUCUCUGAGGAUGAAGGGCGCAAGCAACUCACUAACAGCAGUGGUUGGACACCUCGUCAUCCUCUCCGGGGUUUAAGCUAUGGCGGUCAGAGAAAGCCAGGCGAUACUACACCAGAUGGUCUGAGAAGACCGCUGACCCUGCUCAAUUUUGCUAGCAUUACUUCCUCUCGAGAAGCUGGCUCCAAUGAGGCACAAACUCCCAAGACACCUUCACGCCGAAAGCUGCUGGCCGAGCGAAGUUCAACCCUGAGCGCCGCCAAAUGGAGGCAACUCAAGAACAGUAUUAAAACCCUCGGUCAGGGUAGGAAGAAACCGCCCACUCCCGAGGUCCAAAGAUCUGCCGCCCUUCUCGCUGAAUUGGCCGCCGCAGCUCCUGCAGCUCUGAUGCUCGCCAGUAUGUUCCAGCGCGACGAGCAUGAUCACAGAAGGGUACCAGUGCUUCUGGAACAGCUCAAGGUGCAAGUCACCGACAGCGAAGUUGACCAGCACAAGAGUAAGGAUGAAAAAUCGAUCAAGGAGUCCGACGAGGACAAGGUCCUGCGACAUCUGAUCUUCAAGAUUGAAUGUGAAUACGGUAAUGGUGCCAACCGGAUGAAAUGGGUGAUCAAACGAUCGCUUGGAGAUUUCUCUAAAAUGCAUUUGAGAUACAAAGCCGCCUAUAACGCUGGGAGACUUAGAUUAAGAAGCGACGGGCGAAAGAAAAUGCCAAAGUUUCCUUUGGAGGUGUUCCCAUACCUGAAGUCUCUACGCUUGUUCGCCGAUGAAGGCGAUGACGAAGAGGCUGACGCUGGGGACGAUACCGAACCAGGCACAGCAACAGACACCGAAAGACCAACUCCUCGAAGCCAGACUCGACCUGGGAUGAAUUCAGGACGGCGGAAAUCAAGCGUGGCAGGGCUUCACGAUCCUAUAACCCCUGGGAGUACGCGCCGAGAGAUGUUUGCCGAGCGCCAGCGUAAGACUCUGGAAAAAUAUCUGCAACAGAUGAUUCAGUUUAUGCUGUUUCGUCCGGAGAGCAACCGUUUGUGCAGAUUCCUGGAAAUAUCAGCUCUUGGUGUUCGUCUUGCUGCCGAGGGAAGUGAGCAUGGUAAAGAAGGGCUUUUGCUCAUCCGAUCGGCCAAAGGCCUCGAUUUCAGAGCCUUGAAUGCCCUCGAGUUUAAGAAGCGGCAUACUCCAAAGUGGUUCCUGGUCAGACACAGUUAUGUUGUCUGUGUGGACUCCGCAGAGCAGAUGCACAUUUAUGAUGUAUUUUUGUUCGAUUCAGACUUCAAAAUACAAUCCCGAAGGUUACGGUCGAGCGACCAGAGAAGUGCGAAGGAGUUGGCAGAGGCAGCAAAGGAAUCUGCCAAACAUCCACAGCACCAUCGUCUCAAAUUGGUCAACUCGGAAAGAAAGUUGAAACUCAUCUCUAACAACGAACGCCAGUUGCAACAAUUCGAGGAGUCCAUCAGAGAAAUGGUUGCAGGAUCGCCCUGGGCAAAAAUUAACAGGUUCGACAGCUUCGCUCCAGUGAGGCCGAAUUGCUUUGCCCAGUGGCUUGUCGACGGCAGAGACCACAUGUGGGUGGUAUCUCGCGCCUUGAACCAAGCCAAAGAUGUCAUUUAUAUCCACGACUGGUGGUUGAGCCCCGAGCUGUAUAUGAGGCGGCCUCCUGCCAUCAGUCAGAAAUGGCGUCUUGACCGACUCCUGAAGAAGAAAGCCGAAGAAGGGGUCAAGAUCUUCGUCAUCGUUUAUCGCAAUAUCGACGCGGCUAUUCCAAUAGACUCUCAGUACACCAAAUUCUCUCUCCUGGACCUGCACCCCAACGUAUUUGUCCAGAGAUCACCGAAUCAAUUUCGGCAAAACACCUUCUUCUGGGCGCAUCAUGAAAAGAUAUGCAUCGUUGACCACACCGUGGCUUUUGUCGGAGGCAUUGACUUGUGCUUUGGCAGAUGGGAUACUCCUCAACACACGCUCGUCGAUGACAAGCCCACUGGCUUUGAGCCAAGUGAGGAGCCUAAGGAUGCGGAUCAUUGCCAACUGUGGCCGGGAAAGGACUACUCGAAUCCAAGGAUACAAGACUUCUAUGCGCUUAAUAAGCCAUACGAAGAGAUGUACGACCGUUCAAGAGUAGCCCGAAUGCCGUGGCAUGAUAUUUCAAUGCAGGUUGUCGGGCAACCAGCUCGUGACCUGACCAGGCAUUUUGUCCAGAGGUGGAACUACAUCCUGCGGCAACGCAAACCAACACGCCCCACGCCUUUUUUGCUCCCCCCUCCAGACUUUGACCCAGCCGAUCUGGAAGCGCUUGGUCUCGAUGGAACAUGUGAAGUCCAGAUUUGUCGCUCCGCCGGGCCUUGGUCAUUAGGUACUCCGGACAAGACAGAGCACAGCAUCAUGAACGCCUACAUCAAGCUGAUUGAGGAAUCCGAGCAUUUCGUCUACAUUGAAAACCAAUUUUUCAUCUCUAGCUGUGAGACCGAAGGUGCCACGGUACACAACAAAAUCGGCGACGCUCUUGUGGAACGAAUCACCCGUGCCAGCAAGAACGAGGAGGCUUGGAAAGCGGUGAUCAUUAUUCCGUUGAUUCCUGGUUUCCAGAACACGGUUGAGGAAGAAGGUGGAACCAGCGUGCGGCUGAUCAUGCAGUAUCAAUAUCGCAGUAUCUGCCGAGGAGAAUCGUCCAUAUUCGGUCGGUUGAAGGCUGUUGGCGUGGAUCCUGAAGAAUAUAUCCAGUUCUACAGUCUUCGUCAGUGGGGCAGAAUCGGCCCACGCAAGACGCUUGUGACCGAACAACUCUACAUCCACGCGAAAUGUAUGGUGGUCGAUGACAGAAUUGCAUUGAUUGGAUCCGCAAACAUCAAUGAACGAUCAUUGCUGGGAAAUCGUGAUUCGGAAUGUGCUGCUAUUGUGCGUGAUACAGAUAUGGUCUGGUCGUGGAUGAACGGCAAACCCUAUCAGGUUGGUCGCUUCCCGCACACGCUCCGCAUGCGUUUGAUGCGCGAACACCUCGGCCUGGAUGUUGACAAGAUCAUGGAAGAUGCACAAGUGAUGGAAGCAGAACACAACAAAAUGCAUUCCUCUGGAAAGUCAGUCCGAUCAGAAUCCCCAGAAGACGCUUUUGGGAGCCCUCUCUCAGAAGUGGACGAUGUGCUAAGUCCACUGCAUGGGCAAGAUACGGAACUGCACGAGGAAUUGCUUCAACGCACUGAGGAGUUCAGGAGCUUCAACCAUGAUGUAGAUUGGGAGCAACAGGGCAACCCUAACCUCAAAUCGAAGAGGGCCGGUGUGACUCAAGACCCGCGCGUUACUGGCGAUCCCCACCACCGGCAAGAUGUAGAAGGGCACGGAUAUGACAGGAUGGCGGAGAUUGCCGCCAAAGGACUGGGAGACGGACGAGACAGCACGCUUGUCAAGGUGAACAAGGAGGUUUUGUUCUCGAGCAUUGAUCCAGAGGGCAAAGCCGCCUUGGAAGAUCCGCGAAAACAUGGUGAACAGCUUCGGCUGCCAUCGUAUGUGGUCAAGAUGGAGACACCAAACCCUCCACUGCCUCCCAAGCCCGGUUUGAGCCGCAUGGACACGAUACAGCUGGGCUUACCCAUGUUGUCGCAGUUGCCCCCUCUACCCUCGGGGGACGACUCGGACAUAGGAGGUCCUGGACUUGCCAAGGUCAGUUCCAAGGACUCGAUUCGCCCUCACCAUCCACUGAUGGAUGAGCUGCGACGGCCGCUGGUCGAUCGGGAUUCGAUGACGGACCCGAUCCACGACGCCUUCCUCUACGACACCUGGCACGCGGUGGCAGAAAAUAACACCAAGAUAUACCGCACUGUGUUUCGGUGUAUGCCAGAUAACCAAGUGCGGAACUGGGACGAAUAUCAUCAGUACGUGGCAUAUGAACAACGCUUUAACCAAUUGCAAGGCAAUGACCUUCCUAAGGAAGACAAGGUGUCCGAUCCUUCGCGAGCUGGAUCCGUCGCCAAAAGCGGUCCACCCGGAGCCGGGUCUCGACAUCCGGCCGCACAAAUUAAGGCGGUAACUCACGUUCCCACCGAUAUUGAGAAGGCAACUGGCGAUGUGAAGGCGAAAAUCAAGAACGUGCUUGGGGAAAAGACGAACCACGCUCAUGAGACCGCUGAAAAGGAGAAACUUCGGCGCUGGGCUGCCGAGACCAAUCACGCGCAGGCUGAAAGACAAGGGAUGCCCACCUUGCAUCGGCAGGAAACGUUGACGGAGGAAAAAGCGGGACUACAGACUGUCCACGAAGGACAGGCCAUCGUCGACGAAGGCAGCGGAACCGGCGAAGACGAUGACUUCAGCACCGAGCGACCCAUCAGCAGCCUGAGCUCGACGGCGGUGGAAAAGGAGAAACCGGCAUCAAACGGUACUCCAUCAACCACCAACGGUCCCUUUGUUGGGUAUUCGGAUGCGGUGAACCAGAAUGCCGCUCAUUCCACGGCCAACCUUGGUGGAAGUGGUCGUCGACGCAGAAGGGCUACUACUAGGUCCAGUAGACGUGACUUCAGCGCGAGCGAUGACAUACUGGCCAUUGAAGAGGCGGAAGAGCUGUUGGGCUGUGUCCAGGGACAUCUCGUGGUCUGGCCCUAUGAUUGGUUGGAGAAAGUCGAGGCCGGAAGUAACUGGUUGUUUCCGUUUGACCAGAUCAGUCCGAUCGAAAUCUAUAUCUGAUCAUGCCAACCUCACGAGGGGAUGCAAACAGCUCCCACAUCUACACUUCAUUAUUGCUUCCUUACAUUCAGGCUGGUUCAAUCAUAGGGCUGUCGAGUCAAAGAGGUUCCGCAGAGAGGGAGAGAGGCACAUGGAGAGGAAAACGUACAGAUCCAGACACCGGCAUGAGAGCACAGGGUCAUGUUCCAGUGGAAAAGAAAGCGAUUGAUGUCAUACACUUUGUCUUAACAUUCAUGCUACGGCCGACGAAAAAAAAAGGGCAUAUUUGUAUUUCCCCAUGGUUCCAUACUGGCAUUCGAGCAUUCUACGGGAGGAACGGCGCAUGGACUUUGGCGAGCGAGCAUUGCCCCGCAGCACUUUCGCAAUAUAUUUAUUCUGUUGGUCUAUCUUUCCUUCGGCAGGGUCUGCCUGUGUAUGAGGCGCAGAAUGGAUCACGCGCCUGCAGAUCGAAUCUGUACAUGUCCCCUGUACCACCCUUGUCAAGGAGCACACAUACCUCUCCCGAUGGUCCCGGCGUACGAGAUGGGAAAACUGAUGACGGACUCGCUCCCCGGACAUACUCGACGCUGCCAUACUCCGCAUCGUCGAGCGACAUCGACAU